GCCGUCGAGUUUGGUGCUAGCUUGCGGGAUCCGUGCGCCGAGGGGUCACCAGGACGGGAGAGGUGUAUAACCCACGUUGGCAUUUACAGACUCCACUGUCUUGGUGCGUGGGUCAGCGGAUGAUCUGCACAUAGAAGGUAUACCAAGGGUUUGGGGCUCUGUCUUGCGCAGCUCAAGUCCCGCCCCGUAGCAGCCAUGAUCACAGCUAUGCAGCAGGUGUUGGAUAAUCUGGGCGAGUUGCCCACCUCCACCGGAGCCAAAGACCUGGACCUGAUCUUCCUUCGCGGGAUCAUGGAGAGCCCAAUCGCUCACGAGCGCCUGGAGGACGUGAAGCUGGAGGCGGUGCAGGAGAACAACAUGGAGCUGGUCAACGACAUCCUGGGCGACAUCAGCGGCCUGACGGUGAGGGACGACAGCGCGGCGGAGCUCACCAAGAUCCUGCAGGAGCCUCACUUCCAGUCUCUGCUGGAGGCUCACGACAUGGUGGCGUCUAAGUGCUACGAGGCUCCUCCCCCCCAGGACAUGAGCAACGACGCCCUGGUGAACAGCGCUCUCAUGCAGGCAGACGCCGUCAGGAUGAUCGGCAUCCGCAAGAAAGCCGGAGAACCUCUGGGUGUGACAUUCCGUGUGGAGAAAGAUGACCUGGUCAUCGCGCGCAUCCUCCACGGUGGCAUGAUUGACAGGCAAGGCCUGCUCCACGUGGGCGACAUCAUAAAGGAGGUGAACGGGAAGGACGUCGGGAACAACCCCACGGAGCUGCAGGAGAUGCUCAAGGAGUGCAGCGGGAGCAUCACCCUCAAGAUCCUGCCCAGCUACAGAGAUGCUCCUGCACCGCCACAGGUCUAUGUGCAGCCUCACUUUGACUACAAUCCAGCCAAUGACAAUCUGAUCCCGUGCAGAGAGGCGGGGCUAGCCUUUGAGCGAGGGGACAUCCUCCAGAUUGUGAAUAGGGAGGACCCUAACUGGUGGCAGGCUUGUCAUGUUGUGGGUGGAGCUACAGGUCUGAUACCUAGUCAGUUCCUGGAAGAAAAGAGGAAAGCUUUUGUUCCUAAAGACUGGGAUGGAGCAGGUAUUCUGUGUGGUACAAUAACGGGGAAGAAGAAGAAGAAGAUGAUGUAUCUCACAGCCAAAAAUGCAGAGUUUGACAGGCACGAGCUGCAGAUUUACGAGGAGGUUGCGAAGAUGCCACCUUUCCAGAGGAAGACGCUGGUUCUGAUUGGUGCUCAGGGAGUGGGCCGCCGCAGCCUGAAGAACCGAUUGGUGGUGCUGCAACCCGACCGCUUUGCCACCACAGUACCAUUCACGUCACGACGGGCGCGUGACGAGGAGCGCGAUGGCCACUCCUACCGCUUUGUGUCACGGAUAGAGAUGGAGAUCGACAUCCGCGCCGCCCGCUACCUGGAGCACGGCGAGUACGACGGCAACCUGUACGGCACCAAGAUCGAGUCCAUCCACCAGGUGGUGGACACUGGCCGAACCUGCAUCCUGGACGUCAACCCUCAGGCGCUCAAAGUCUUGAAGACAUCAGAGUUCAUGCCGUAUGUUGUUUUCAUUGGCGCGCCUGAGUUUGAGACCCUGAAAGCUAUGCACAAAGCUGUGGUGGAUGCUGGGAUCACUACCAAGCAACUCACAGAUGUGGACUUGAAGAAGACCGUUGAGGAAAGUGCACGCAUCCAGAGGGCCUACAGCCACUAUUUUGAUUUGACCAUCGUCAAUGAUAAUUUGGACCAUGCAUUUGAGAAACUUCAGGCAGCAGUUGACAAACUCUGCAGCGAGCCACAGUGGGUCCCGGUCAACUGGGUUUACUGAGAGUGUAAAAUACUCAUGCACAUAGUCUCACACACACUAACACACACAUACACACACACACAUGCGUCACUCUUAAGGGUGUGUGUGCGUGUGCGUGUGUGUGUGUGUGUUUGUGUAAAUACCUCUGGCGAGUGGUGUAGUUUGUGUGGCGGAUCACCCAUUCGCUGCACCAGAACAGUUUUAGCCACUCCUGUGUGAAACAAAAAACCCGCCCCUUUUGCAUUUUCCAAUGAAGUGUUAUUUUCUACUGAAUCUGAAGAAUCUUUUAUUUAUUUUAAUAUUUGCAAGUUUCUACGAGAAAAUAUUUCUAAUCACGACAACAAGGAAUUCAAAAGGAGAAAAUUGGGAGAGAGAGGAGCUGUAUGAGUGCUCAUAUGUUGUGUGUUGUUGUUUUUUUUAUUUUGUAGCUUCCUGGACCCAAUGCUGUUAGUUAACUUUUUGUUACUAAAAUGGUCGCAAAAGAGAAAUGCAUCUUGUAGCUAAAUUGAAAAAGGGCUUUACUGGAACCGAGAAAGUAGGUAAGAACAAGGGCAAAAGAAACCGGGGGAGGGCGGCGGGGCAAAAUGGAGACGGAGUGUUCCAGAACCCGAAUGAGAAAAAUCCUUCAGAAUUGUUUACAAUGGUGUGCUGAGGUUGGUUGCCAUGGUCAUGGUGGUGUAAGACGAGCUAAAGCACAUCGCAGAGACCCUCAGACAACUGUGAUAGAUCUCAAAGACGUCAACUCUAUGCUUUUGCCAGUUCAUCCUUUCAGAAGUCUGAUACCCCCCUGUGCAUGUCUGUGUGUCAUAAUGACCGCUGUGUUUUGUAGCUUUUGUCUCAUUUCUUGUAUUGUUUUUAUUAUGAAAAAAAAAACACUAUUUGUCACACAAAGAUCACUUUAGCUUGGAGAUCUAGUCAUCAGAUUCUAUUUCCCCAUUAUGCUCUUUUGUAGUUUUUUUAAUGGAACCAAAGUCACCCUGUUUAGGAAUCACUCAUGUCGUCCCUCUGUUUAGCAUACAUGGUGUUCUGUAGAUUUUCUAUCUGUUUCGUUGGUGAAAACUUGUCUCCCACAAUCCUUUUGCUGUGUCACCUGUUUGCCAAAGCCAACUUGUCCAUCAGUGUGUUUGUGAAGUAACUGGUUCAAAUUCUGUUUUUAUUUGUCUUUAUUACCCUCACUGGUACUGUAAUGAUAUUAUGUAUACCUCUGUAUACAACGCAAUAAAAUAACAUUUUACCCUG